AUGGCUACCACCGCCCCCCUCAGUGCGAAAAGCAAGCUUGCUGGUCCCGGCGCAUCAUUGAAAAUCACUCCUUCGAACUCUCCGAUCCUGAGACCGGGUACACGGUCUCCCAGCAAAACCUCCCACAAUUCCUCCUUGUCCCUCCAAACCGUCAUCGGCACGACAACCACGACCCCCAAUGGGUUCUCAAGCCACGACCAGAGCAAGAGCUUUGCGCUGUGCGCUGGAUCAGCUGCAGUUCUCGCAGAACUAGAUGAGGACGCCAAAAUUUGCCAGCGCUUCUUCCGAGCGCGUCCCUCCGCGACCAGCGUCAACCCAACAACUUCUUUUUACAACCAAGCAACUCCGCCGGCCACCCCGGACCCAAGAGCGCGCUCCCUAUCUCAUAUUCGAUCCAAUCCGCAUAUCAAUAUUCACAAUGGGUCCCCGUCCAGCGAUAUCGGUGAGAGUGGCAGCCCUCGUGGGUGGUCCUCGAGAGAAAGAAUUAAAGCAGUGACGAGUGUCUCGAUUAGCCCCAAUGGAAGGUUCCUCGCAGUAGGAGAGACUGGUUAUAACCCUCGAGUUCUGAUCUUUUCAACAGCAAAGGAUGCUCUGCCAGAUGUACCGCUAUCUAUUCUAAAUGAGCAUACAUUCGGUAUAUGCAGUCUGGCAUUCAGCCCCGAUUCCCAGUAUUUGGCGACCCUCGGCAGCCCGAAUGAUGGGUUCCUUUUCAUCUGGGCAAUCAACCUCAAGAAUGGAUCGGCCAAGCUGCAUUCAGCGAACAAAUGCACUUCGAACAUUAAAGACAUGUGCUGGGUUGGCCAAAGUCUGGUCACGACCGGCGUGCGACAUGUCAAGGUUUGGCGUCUUCCAUCGAUGCGACCCGUAUCUCCUACCAAAUCACGUUUGAAUAUCGAUGGAGGUGGUCCUUCACCAAACCCUGCCCCGAAAGCGCUUUCUGGUAGGAAUUGUCUACUAGGCGCACUCAGCGAUAGCUCUUUCACCUGUGUGAGUAGCAUAUCCGAUCACGAGGCUGUGAUUGGGACAGAUUCCGGCGCAAUCUGCUUUCUCGACGAUCGGGAGAAUUAUCAGAAGAUGAUCACGGUCAAGCAAGUUGGUUUCAGCAUCACUUCUCUGGCCGUUGAUUUCGAUCAGGAAUCUGUCUGGCUCGGUGGGCGUGGAAGGCAAAUGCAGCGCUUGUCCUUUGAAGCUUUGCGAUUUUGUAGCUCGAACAGACCGGGCUCUCCUACUCGGAUUGAUAAAAGCAUGGUGGAUAAGAAAAAUAAGGCGCCUGCAAUUACCUGCAUGGGCUCUCUAAACUCGCAUCUGGUCACCGUUGAAGCCACUCGUGAAAUCCACAUCUAUCCAAUCAGCACUUUGCGCGAGGAGGGUGAGCAGGAGCAUGGCGAGUCCUCCAUGCAGGCACAUCGAGACCCGAUUCUUGGAGUCUGCCACAUGAAGCUCCCCAACGACUUCUCUGCAGACUUCUUUUCCUGGUCUCGGAACGGCUCUGUGAAUUUCUGGGACGCCCAGGGGAAGUGUCGGGCAUCGAAAGUAAUUGAUCUCGAUCAAUUUUCAGGAAGCGAAGAAGAGGUUUCUGCAAACGAACUCAAAGUAUUGAGAACAGCAGAAAGUGCCAAUUGGUUUGUCUCAGGUGACAAAUUCGGUGUGUUGAGACUUCUUUCAAACACCGAUUGGACUUGUGUCAGCCAAGCUCGCGCCCAUGGUGGGGAGAUCACAGACCUGGCCAUCCAAGAAACCUCAGAUUCCUGGCUGGUAGCAAGUUCUGGCCGUGAUCGAAUGGUGCAAUUGUUCGAAAAGCGAGACGCCGGACUGCAAUUGAUUCAGACCAUGGAUGACCAUGUUGGCGCUGUUGGCAAAUUACUCUUCAUCAACGAUGGCGAAAGAUUGCUUUCAUGCUCAGCAGACCGCACCGUCCUUAUAAGAGAUCGUGCGAGCAGAGAAGUAGAGGGUGGCACAUCUGUUGCCUACCUCGUUUCCAAAGUCAUUACUCUCAAGGCUUCCCCUGUCUCAAUGACGCUUUGCCCGGAUGAUUCGAGCAUCUUGUAUGUCUCUACUAUGGAUCGCUGUAUCUCCAAGUUCGACAUUCCUUCAGGGCGCCAUCUGCACUGUUUCAAGGCAUCGGAUCCGGAGACGACCGAUGCAGUGAUUAUGGGUUCAUUGACGGUUGCAUCAGAGGUCCCAGGCCAGACGCCAAAGCUUCUCAUUGGUGUCUCGACCACUGAUAAAUCUCUCCGCGUUUAUGAUCUAGAGCGAGACCAACUUCUCACUGGCGAAUUUGGCCACACAGAAGGCGUGACUGAUGUACUUCUUCUGGAGGAUCGCAGCGAGCAGUCUGAAGGGGCACCUAAGCGCACUGUGAUCAGUGCUGGAAUGGAUGGUAUUCUAAUGAUAUGGAACCUGUCCGUUCAGCAGCAGAUAUCACCGGACCUCGUUCAGAACGCACGGGAUGAUGAUGAUACCCCUGCCAAAGAAAACACUGCGGCCAAACCCCCUCUCAGAAAAGUCCUCUCGCGCAGCGAGUUGGCUGGAUUUCAACGUCCUGAUAGUCCUAACCCUGCGACCCCAACACCCAUACGCCAGCGCUCGCCGACUCUAACGAGAAAGAUGUCUAGGCUAUCUCUAGCACCAUCUUCCUUGAAGAAUCACUCUGUCUCCGAAACUUCAUCUUUCCCAAACCGUCUCUCCCCCUCACCCGGUACGCCAAUGGACAGAAGCGGCCAGUCACCGUCACCCGUGAGCCCCCGAUCUAGGGCCCCGGUACCCAAAAAGCCGACCAGCACAAGGAACAGCAACCGGCGGACAUCGAUGGACUUCCGAACCCGUGCCAAAACAACACCACGAAGCGAGUUUGGCAGUCUAGAUAUGUCCACCGAGCAGGUGUGCCGCACCCUCCGGGCCUACCGCAAGAAACUCAAUGGAUCCACACAACGCAUUCAGGCGCAAAAAGAGCUGGAGCGGGAGCUGAGCCUUACCCUCCGUGUUGUCACUGGCCGUGGCCUCAGUAGCGAUGAAAGCGGAGAAACAGAAACCGAUAGCAGUGGCAGAGACAUGGAUCAGAGGCACAAUCAUUCCUCUCGAUCGUUGAAAUCGCCCCAGAUGCCUCGCCAUAUGCCCUCGACUCCAUCUUUGCGCCAUAGGGUGGCACGCCAGGUCUCGCGGAGCCGUUCAUACGAUGCCACGGCAGAUGGAGAUGAAUAA